AGGGGCGGAAGCCGGAAGCUGAGCUUUGAGCUGCGCGUGGUGGCGAUGGCGGCCGCUGGGGCCAUGGAGCCGGCGCCCUCGGGGGCGGUUGCUACCCCCUCGCCAGCCUCGGCCCCGGCUCCCGCCACCAGCACCUUAUUUCGGCCCAUCAGCGCUGAGGAUGAAGAACAGCAGCCGACCGAGAUCGAGUCGCUGUGCAUGAACUGUUACCGCAACGGCAUGACGCGCCUCCUGCUCACCAAGAUCCCAUUCUUCAGAGAAAUAAUCGUGAGCUCCUUUUCCUGCGAGCACUGUGGCUGGAGCAACACGGACAUCCAGUCGGCAGGCAGGAUCCAGGAGCAGGGCGUGCGCUACACUUUGACGGUCAAGGCCCAGCAGGACAUGAACAGAGAAGUCGUGAAGACUGACUCUGCCACCACAAGGAUUCCAGAGUUGGAUUUUGAAAUCCCUGCCUUCAGCCAGAAAGGAGCUCUGACAACUGUGGAAGGAUUGAUCAGCCGUGCUGUCUCUGGCCUGGAGCAGGAUCAGCCCAUACGAAGGGUAAAGGAAGAAGCCAUGGCUGGGAGAAUUGAUGAAUUCAUUGUCAAACUGAAAGAGCUCAAGCAAGUGUCCUCUCCUUUCACUCUGAUCAUUGAUGAUCCCUCUGGGAACAGCUUUGUGGAAAACCCCUACGCUCCCCAGAAAGAUGAUGCCCUGGUGAUCACCCACUAUAACCGGACUCUACAGCAGGAAGAGAUGCUGGGACUCCAGACAGAGGCACCAGGAGAGAAAGCCGAUGAGGAAGAUCUCCGAAAUGAAGUGCUACAGUUCAACACAAACUGCCCAGAAUGCAAUGCUCCAGCUCAGACCAACAUGAAGCUAGUUCAAAUCCCCCACUUCAAGGAGGUUAUCAUCAUGGCUACCAACUGUGAGAACUGUGGCCAUCGGACCAAUGAGGUGAAAUCAGGAGGAGCAGUAGAGCUCUUGGGCACCAGGAUCACCUUUCACAUCACAGAUCCCUCAGAUAUGACCAGAGAUCUCCUCAAGUCGGAGACAUGUAGUAUAGAAAUCCCAGAGCUGGAAUUCGAGCUGGGAAUGGCUGUCCUUGGAGGCAAGUUCACCACACUGGAGGGGCUGCUGAAAGACAUCCGGGAUUUGGUGACUAAGAACCCUUUCACACUGGGUGACAGUUUCAGUCCUGACCAGGCACAGAAACUACAAGAGUUUAGCCAGAAGUUGGACCAGAUCCUCGAGGGCAGUAUGAAGGUUCACUUUAUUAUGGACGAUCCAGCAGGAAACAGCUACCUGCAGAAUGUAUAUGCACCUGAAGAUGAUCCUGAAAUGAAGGUGGAGCAUUAUAAGCGAACGUUUGACCAAAACGAGGAGCUGGGACUCAAUGACAUGAAGACGGAAGGUUAUGAGACUGGCCUGUCCCCACAGCAGUAGCAACAGGCAGUUCCCAGGCCAGCUCCCUGCGCUGCUCAGAUUGCAUUGUCACUGGAAAAGGGAGUGUCCUCCCCACCAGGCCUUGGACAUGUGGGAAGAACAUUCCUGGUCUGUGUCAGGUCUAGGCACAUUUUCUCAACAAUCCAUCAUGAGGCCGCCAGUCUGUUGAGCUCUCCCUCACCUUAGUUUGGAGAUUUUGAUUCAGCCCACGAAGAAACUUACCUUCCCUCUAUACAAUGCUCUCUCCACUAGGGUUGGGACUCUGAAGUCGGAAAGGUGGACUAUAUAGUCUGGGAGUUGGCUGUGGUUAUAUGAAAUACUGAUUUAGAAGAGCAACAGUCUCCUGAAGAGAGAGAGGGGAGGGUGUCCACUAUAGGUGAAGAUGUUCUCAUUAAAGUAAUGGCCUUUAGACCUA